AUGGCGGCCGCCAUCCCUCCGGUCACGAAGGACAAGUUCGCCUACGCCAACGGCGACCUCCUCGCCGAGGCCUCGGGCUCCAACCGGCACCAGCGCAUGGCCGUCGCCGAGCUCAAGAAGCACUUCCAGACGCCGGGCAGCGGCGAGGCGCGGCCGGCCCACUGGUACGAGGCCCAGCUGCUGCACUACGGCCUGGCGCCGUCCAAGAACAAGUCCGUGGCCCGCAUGCGCCUCUUCGACGCCGUCAGCGCCGGCGGGCUGCGCGUCCCCGCCCGCAUCACCAGGCUCGAGGCCCAGCUGCGCAGGGAGUGGAAUCUGCGGGAGCGGGAGGCCACGGCGCCCAAGGCGACGGCUACUCGGGGCGGCGGCGGUGGCAGUAGCGACAGCAAGGCCCGCGCCACGCCUGCGCCGAAGACGACCAGGAGGAGCACGAGCUCUGCGCGGCGUGCCCCCCGAUCCACGGCGGCGCGAGCCAGGGCCAAGACCCCGGCAGGUACACCCACCAGACGUUCCCGUUCCGCGCCUCGCCAGGCUAGCCGGAGUGGUCCCUCUCGGGCGUCUUCGUCUGGUAGCCCUGCUCCUUCGGCUCGUGCUGUACCGUCUGGGCAGGUUGGGGGCCGUGGUGGCACUCCUGCAGCUCGAAACCCCGUCGCUGGCGCUCCGCCUGUAUAUGUGGUCAUCGACGAUGACGACGAGGCGCCGCCGCCCUACUCCGUGUAG